AAUUGGCAGAUAUGCUACACAGUGAGGUUUUAAAAAUAAAAAAAAAAUAACAAAAUAAAAAAAGGAAAAAAAAACAACAAAAUAAAAAGAAAAAAAAUGUUAAAAAUAUGGUUGGACCAUACUCUAUAAAAAAAAGUUUACAGAGAAGUGUUAGUAUCAUAAAACCCAAAUGGUCCACCAAGAACUUACACAAUAAAGAUUUAUUUUUUUUUAUUUUUUUUUCAUUUUUAUUUUUAUUAUUAUCAUUUUUUUUUUAUCAUUUUUUAUUAUUUUAUUUUUUAUUAUUUUUUUUUAUCACUUUUUUUUAUCAUUUUUUUACCAUUCCUUUUUAUUAUUUUAAGUCUCUGGCUGAGAAUCGGCUUAUUCAUUGAUAGGCAAUUAAAUUAUUAUUUACAUAUGUAUAAAUUAUUAAGAUUUGAAGUUAUAUUUAUU